UUGGACAACCCUCCGCGGCCUCUGGUGGCCUCACGGGUGUCCCGCCGCUCCACCUCCCGCCCCGCCGGGGCAUCAGGGGACCCGCUCUCCACGUGCAGGUCUGCAGGCCACGCUGCCGGCGGGGGACAGGAGAUACCUGUGUAUGCCACAAUGCUGUCAUCCAGUGACUUUGCAUCUGCUUCUUGGGAGCUCGUGGUCCGAGUUGACCACCCGAAUAAAGAGGUGCAGAGAGACAUCACGUUGCAAGUAUCUGGAGAUCUGCAUGUUGGGGGAGUGAUGCUCAAGUUGGUGGAACAGAUCAACCUAGCCCAAGACUGGUCAGACUUUGCUCUGUGGUGGGAGCAGAAGCACUGCUGGCUUCUGAAAACCCACUGGACCCUAGACAAGUGUGGGGUCCAGGCAGAUGCCAAGCUCAUCUUCACCCCUCAGCAUAAAAUGCUUCGCCUUCGCCUGCCCAACGUGAAGACCGUGAGACUGCGAGUAAGCUUCUCGGCCGUGGUGUUUAAGGCUGUUGGCCAGAUCUGCAAAACCCUGAAUAUUAGAAGACCCGAAGAGGUCUCCUUGUUAAAGCCUUCUGCUGACUAUUUUAAGAAGAAAAAGAAGAAAGACAAAAGUAAUAAGGAACCCGUUAUUGACGAUGUUCUAAGCCUGGAGAGUUCCUCGGCAAGCUCAGGUUCCCUAGUAAAUCCUGGCUUGUAUAGUAAGACCAUGACGCCCACAUAUGACCCUGUCAACGGGACACCAGUUUCAUCCACCAUGACCUGGUUCAGUGACAGUCCUUUGACAGAGCAAAACUGCAGCAUCCUGGCCUUCAGCCAACCUCCCCCAUCACCAGAUGUGCUCGCUGAUAUGUUCCAGCCUCGAUCUCUGAUCGAUAAAGCCAAACUGAAUGCUGGCUGGCUGGAUUCCUCACGCUCUCUUAUGGAACAAGGCAUCCAAGAGGAUGACCAGUUGCUGUUACGAUUUAAAUACUAUACUUUCUUCGACUUGAAUCCUCAAUAUGAUGCUGUUCGAAUAAACCAACUCUACGAGCAAGCCAGGUGGGCUGUUCUUUUGGAAGAAAUCGACUGCACAGAAGAAGAAAUGUUGAUCUUUGCGGCGUUACAGUAUCACAUCAGCAAGCUGUCACUGUCUGCUGAAAACCAGGCUCUUCCGGCCAAGGCGGAAGUUGAUGAAGUGGAAGCGGCUCUGUCGGAUCUGGAAGUGACGCUGGAAGGCGGGAAGGCAGACAGCACUUUGAAGGACAUUACUGAUAUCCCUAAGCUUGCAGAUUAUCUCAGAUUAUUUAGGCCCAAGAAGCUAAUAUUAAAAGAUUUCAAACAAUAUUGGUUUGUCUUUAAAGACACAUCUAUAGCCUACUUUAAAAAUAAGGAACUUGAACAAGGAGAACCAAUAGAAAAACUAAAUAUUAGAGGUUGUGAAAUUGUGCCAGAUGUGAAUGUAACAGGAAGGAAAUUUGGAAUCAAGUUACUAAUUCCUGUUGCUGAUGGGAUGAAUGAAGUGUCCUUGAGAUGUGAGGAUGAAAAUCAGUAUGCCCAAUGGAUGGCUGCCUGCAUCUUGGCAUCAAAGGGCAAAACCAUGGCAGACAGCUCCUACCAGCCAGAGGUCCUCAACAUCCUUUCAUUUCUAAGGAUGAAAAACCGUAGUUCAUCAUCUCUGAUGACUUCCAGUCUUGAAAGCAUGGACAUCAACCCAGAAUGUUUUGUAUCACCUCGGUGUGCGAAGAAGCACAAGUCUAAGCAGCUGGCAGCCCGGAUCCUGGAAGCUCACCAGAACGUGGCCCAGAUGCCUUUGGUAGAAGCCAAACUGCGUUUCAUCCAAGCGUGGCAGUCCCUACCUGAGUUCGGCUUCACCUACUAUCUUGUCAGGUUUAAAGGAAGCAAAAAAGAUGACAUUCUAGGAGUUUCAUAUAACAGGUUGAUUAGAAUUGAUGCGGUAACCGGGAUUCCAAUCACAACGUGGAGAUUCGCCAACAUGAAGCAAUGGAAUGUCAACUGGGAGAUCCGGCAAGUGGCCAUCGAGUUUGAUCAGAAUGUCUCCAUCGCAUUCACAUGCCUAAGCGCAGAUUGCAAGGUUGUACAUGAAUACAUUGGUGGCUACAUUUUCUUGUCCACCCGCUCCAAGGACCAGAAUGAGACACUCGAUGAGGACCUUUUUCACAAAUUGACCGGUGGUCAGGAUUGAAGAGAAGCAGGCACACUCUGCCUGCAUGGGCCAAGCCAGUCCUGCCUGGAUGGAUAAUGGGAUCUGGGGCUUUCCCAGUAUGUAGACUAACACAAUGUAUACUCACCACCAGACACCCGGAUCCUUUGUCCUCCCUUUAGCUGCUUUGCCUUAUGCUGCCAACGGCAGGCUGGGUUGCUGGUGCCUUUCCUAUAAAUUGGUUGGCUUGAGGGGGUGGCAUUCUAAGACUGCUCUAAGGCCCAGCAUGGAGCUCCAGUCUGUGACUUGUGACACAUGCAAGUAUUGACUAGAAGCUGGCUUUCUGUUUUUUGCCUCAUGGUAAGUGAGCGGUAAAGACAGAAGAGUAAAAACUACAUGUAGCAAGUACAGCUUUCAUUCCACAAACUCAAGUAUAAAAAGAAGCAGGCCUUUCCUUAGUGAAACUGAUCAGAGCUCUCUCACCUUGCCAAAAUAGCAGAGGGAGCGUCUGCACACCCUUUUUCCUUGGAAGUCAAGCAGCUGAGAAGGGAAGAGUAGGGUUACCUGGUGCCAAUAGGCAAACAGAGCCCAAAUCAGUGGCCCCCAAUGUCUUCUCUUUACAGUGACAACCCUAUCUGUGAGGGUGACCACUGACACAUCUGGUCUAAUCAUUGGUCUUCAUGUUAGUACUGAUUCCAGAAGGCCCCAUUCCUAGGGAGCCCAUAGACACACUAAAGUCUUUGAAAGCAUGGGGUGUUGAAGGGAUACAGAGAAACCCAUUCUUAGCUGAGAUCCAUGUCUCAAUUGCUUCUGCCCUGAACUGAGGCUCAGAAAGACAGGCCCACUUCUCGGUUAAUAAAAACCACCUCCCAGCAGUGAGGAUUCCAAGCCCAGCAAGGCCUCCAUUCCAGCAAAGAGUAGAUCUGUUCCCAGAGACCGCCAUAGUCAACGUCUCAGGAAUAACGCCUACCUCAGGUGUACUGGCUGGUAUGAGUGGUAGAGAAGUUCUCGCUUCACCCAGCAGAGUUCUUCUGGAUAUGGUAUCUGUCUAUGGCCUUUUCCCUUAACACCUUUGGCUUUGUAAAUCACGGGCAGACUCCUUUUUUUUGUCUGCUGUUUGCUAUUGCAUCCUCACCCUGAGACAAGCAUCAGCUACCUAAUUGUCAUAUUCUGAUUUGGUCUGUUGGUGGUAGGAGGGAUGAGUGGGUUUUGAGAAGGUGGAAAGCGAUGUCAGAGGUAAAAAGAAAGGUAUCAUUUUGUUCACACCAAGCCUUCGCCCACAAGAACUCAUCUACUUCCACUUUGCAGUCCUCUAGGCAGUGUCCUUCAGGAGGCCUAGCCAAACCCAGAGCUCCUGAGAUCUCUGCAGUUCAGGAAGUCCCAGGAGACAACCUUGGCUGGAGACCUCAGGCCUUAAGCCAGAAGUGCCUUCUGGAAAUUCCUGUUAGCCUCUGCUUAGAGGUGUGUGUUUAUGAGCCUUCCAGGCACCCACUAAAUUUAUGGGGCACAGCCCAAAACUCAGACAUGCUUCAGGCACUGGGAAGAUCUGGCUCCCAUCAUAAAGAACUUCACUUGGAAUGUUCUAUGCAGACACUAGUGCUGAGCACACUGUGUUAAGUGUGGUGUUGCUCAUAUCUCUGCCAUACUGAGCUCCACUGCUUAAAGCUUACAUGGGUCUUUCAGAUAUAAUGGGCCCUAGACAAAAUGACACCCCCAAUUAUGUGUUACCUGUUUGCUGCCAAGGACAGCUCUGCCUGCCUAGCUUAUUGAAGUUGACCCUUCAGGUCAGUCUCCUUUCUUAGUUUUUCAUGGCUGGCUGACAUUUCCAUGAAAUGCUCAAAGGGCUUGAUUGGAUUUUAACCAAACUUUGUGCAAUUUUCAGAGGAGUGUUUCUUCUGUGAUUCUACAGAGUAUGAGAAGACAGCUUUAAAUGCUACUGUUCCAAAGAGCAACUUUAAGGUUUCAGUAGUAGCAACCGUUGUUUGGCAUUGUGACUAGAUCAGAUGACUGCCUAUGAUGAAAUUUAAAUUAACAGAUGUCCUAUGCCACCAUUCGCUUUAUUAUCUGUCACAGAUGAUGAAAUCUGCAUUCUAUUAUUUUUAUAUAUCUGCUUUUAUUAGAAGUUUUGUAUGGAUUUAAAUAUAAUCCACUUGUGUCCUGUCUAGCUGCUGUUUAAAGGUGAACAGUCUCUGCUUUGAAAGAGAAGCACAACUUUCAGAGCCGCCAUGUGCCUCUGCACACCAUUCCAAGAUUCCAGCUCCUUCUGGCGGUUAGAGGGUGCCUGAUCAUGAGUCCUCAGAGGUCAAUGUGGGACCUACUUUAACCUUUGCUAUCAACUCUUUCCUCAGCAACUCAGUCAUCAAAUUUCCUGUCCUACCCUGCCUUACUGUGGCCUGUCUUGUCCCUUUCUAGGCAUACUCCUUGAGCACACCCUCAGAUUUUGACAGCUUAAUGCUGAGGGCUCCUCUUUGUUUAAAGGAUAAGCGUUCUUAAACCAGGUAUGGUGAUGCACACCUUUAAUCCCAGCAUUCGUAGGCAGAGAUAGGUCAGCUAUGGCCACAGACAGUGCCUGUCUCAGAAGGAGGAGGAGGAAGAGGAGGAAGAGGAGGAGGAAGAAGGUAGAGGCAGAGGAAGAAGCCAUCUCUAAUAGGUUUAAAGGUAUUUCUCCAUGCAGUUCUCAUGUCACCCACAGAGGACAAUAGCUUGCCUGCUUGCUCUACCAAGGUGAAAAGCACAGACGGUAAAGUAACUUGCUGAGGGUCACAUGGCUAAGAACCAGUAGAGUCAGGAUCCAAAGCCAAGUUAUCAGCCUUCUUUAGCCCUGCCCAACCUUGAACCAUGGCCCCCCACUCCCACAUGUUCAACCUCAGUGAGGCUGAGUGUCCCGGACUCCUAGUCCCAGUAUGACUCAGUGUCUGCCACUCCCAGCCAUCAGGUUCAUGCUACUGAUAAGAAAGAGUCACCAGCUUAGGGACUUUUUUUUAGUCACAUCCAGUUUCAAAGAAAGUAAGGAAAUAAGGAAUCUUUUCAUUUGAAAGCUCUUCUUUGAGUCAUUGGCCUUAGAAGUCAAGAUAUUUUUCAAUAGCUAUUUUCUGAAAAUAAUUUUUUUGUCUUUUUGAAAUGGGGUCUCCCUGUAUCCCCAGCUGGCCUGGAACCCA